AUGCAUAUUGUUUUAUUGUUUAUUGGAAGAUUUCCAAAAUGGAAUAUUUUUCCUGAAUUUUACAAAAAUGCUCAUUUUUUAGCAAAACUAUUAUAUGUUGUUGUUUUUGGAUGUUUCAGUACAAUUGUUUGUGUCUGCUUUUUUAUUAGUUUGAAUAGAUAUAUUGCAACUACAAAUCCUCUUACAUAUAAAAGAUUUUUUUCCAAAAAAAAUAUUUUGAAAAUGAUUAUUAGUAUAUUACUUUUAAGUUCGUUAAUUGGAUUAGGUAAAGUUUUUUUCAAUCCAUGUAUGGUACCAAGAGAUAUUGGUGGUUAUUUUGCAGUUGUACGAUCAAAAACUGUUGCAUAUUAUGAUUUAUCAUACACUUUUUUAAUAUAUUUGCCAUUAUUUUUACUGUCAUUAUAUUUUAAUUUUUCUACCAUUUAUUAUUUAAAAAAAAUGAAUAAAAAAAAAAAAGUUUUGCAAAAAAAUAAAACAUUAUAUUUGUAUGGAUUUGCAUAUAUUAUUGUUUUUAAUAUACUUAUUGCUUACCAUACAAUAGUUAUUGUAGCUGAAUUUUCACAAAAUAUAAAUAUUUCUAAUUUAUUAAUAAUGAUAAACAUUUAUGCUACAGAUUCUAUGACGAUAGGACUAUUUUAUUUUAUGAUAUUCAUUAGGUAA